CAGCGCGCGUGCUAGUUUAUUUGCAGGAUUUACUCAUCUUUAGUUUAAGUUUGAGCGUUAAGUUUUGUGUUUAAAGGUUGUUAAUACAUAUAUCACACGAUAUACGCGAGUUUAAAUGGUGUUGGAUAUGAGUUCAUAUUUAACGUUACUCCAAUAUAAAUAACGCAUAAUGGCGUUUUAUGACGUGUACGCGCAUCCCGCUUUAAUAAGGUACAGGACUUGCGUUUGCACGCGAGCUACGCUGUUUGUCUGUGUGGUUUUAGGCCUCACUUAUAUUUCACCUCUUCUGGUGGCUUACAGAAGUCAAGGUUUCUGGCUAAAGAGGAACUCAUAUGAAGAGCAGCCCGUCGUUAAAUUCCAGUAUGACCUGAUUUUGCUCGGUGUAACAGACACAACAGGCAAUUAUUUAGCAUGGAGCACAUUUCCCAACUUUAAUCGACUGAUUGGAGACAAUUUACGCAUCCCUGAAAUAUCUGCUCAAGAGGAGGACAAGAACCAGGAUGGGAAGUCUGACGUUCUCCUGCUCCAGAUCAGCGUCCCGCUCAAACCAGCAGAGCAGAUGUUCAGCGUUCAGCUCCUCCUCACCUUCUCCUACCAGCUGUUUCGAAUGUCGACUGUGGUGAUGCAGACGCUGGCCUUCAUACAGCACUCAUCUCCUGUUCCCGGCUCUCAGCUCUUUAUCUGUGGAGACCUGAGGCUAAACCAGCGAACUCCUCUUCCUCACAGAGGUUUACACAGUACCUACAACGUGUCUGUGAUUGAUGGAUCCAGUCCAUUUGCGAGUACAUAUGACCUGACCAACAUCAUAAGACUCUAUCAGCAGAGGAACUUGACGACGCAUCUCUCUGGUGUCAUUCCCGUGUGGACGGUGGGCAGAGCGGCAAACGCUCCUUUUCAGAUCAGCGCACAGAUCCACUAUCCAGUAGAGAUGAUUGAUUAUCGGCCGGGCUUCUGGGAAACCAUAAAGUUCGCCUGGAUCCAGUAUGUCAGCGUCCUGCUCAUCUUUCUGUGGGUUUUCCAGCACAUUCAGACGUUCAUCUUUCAAAACCAGGUUUUACCCACCAUCACCAUACCACCGUUUAAACAGCACAGAUCCUGAGACCUCCGGUUUUUGUGUGUGUUUUUACAUUAGCUUGCAUAUACUGUAGAAUUAUCAGUCAUUAAGAGUUGUGCUCCUAUUUAUAGUUCAGUUUUCAGUACAUUGGUAUGAAAUUCCCAACAGCAUGCAUGUGUAAUCUCCAGUUUUUCCGGUUUCAGGACGUUUCGAGUUCAACCACUUAUUGUGCAAGAUAAUGUUUGCUUUGUGACAUUAGUGGGAAAGUGUAGAAAUGUAUACAACUGGCAUAGGCCUAACCUUAUUUUUCUAUCUUAAUUUGCAUAAAAAAUGACUUGAAAGA